AUGUCCAAGACAACCGAGAGUUUCCAGAUGGUAGAGAAUAGCGUAGAGCCAGGAUCAAUGGAAACGAAAAUGAAUGCCACCAGGCCCAAAUCAAUGACUGACUCUUUUGAGGUCUUGCAACGGCCUGAAGAAUUUGAGACAGCCAGGAAAGACCCCAUCUUACCUUGCUACUCCCUGAAAAAUAUAGAAAGAAAUCCAGGAUUCUUCGGUCGAUCGGGAGAGCUAGAGUUGAUCGAUAAGUAUCUACUUCCUCCCACAACUGGUCAGGAUACUAAUAAGCUAGCAUUGAGAUCAUUUGGGAUAUGCGGCAUGGGUGGACUGGGGAAGACACAAAUCGCGAUGCAGUACAUUUUUACCCGCCAGACACGUUUUGACGCAAUCUUCUGGCUUUCUGCCGACGACAAGAAUACACUUGGUGUGAACUUUGCAAGCAUUGCUCAGCAGUUGGGUCUAGAGGACAUGACCGACACCCAAGAUCUGACUAUCAGCCGAGAACGGGUCAAGGGCUGGCUAUCAAAUCCUGUGAAAUCUUUCCGAAAUUCCGAUGACCAGGAAAACGAAGCAUCUUGGCUUCUUGUCUUUGACAAUGCCGACUCGUUAUCCGUGUUAGACGAAUAUUGGCCGCUGACAGGGAGAGGCUCUGUUCUGUUGACAAGUCGCGAUCCCAUUGGCAAGACAAACUUCUACACUGAGAACAAUGGCAUCGAUGUUUCCAAGCUGUCCCUGGAAGAUACCAUGGCUUUCAUACGCAUUCUUACGAAAUCUACGCUUGAUUCCGACAACGGCAAAUCCUUGAAGCAAAUCGCAGAGAUUCUAGAUGGGCUACCACUUGCCAUUGAGCAGAUGUCGAGCGUCAUUCGGCGUUUGCGAGUCAGUUAUGCUGAUUUCCUCAACCUGUAUCGAAAGGAGAAUUGGCGUCUCCAUGACCUUGGGCCACAAGAAGAUCGGAAAACCUAUCAGCAUACUUUAGCUACUGUGUGGUCUCUACAGCAAUUCUCGGAUAGCGGCGAGACAUUGCUCCAAGUCUUUUCUAUGAUUGAUCCUGAUUCCAUUCCAGAGACAUUAUUGAUACGCUACUCUGGGAAGAUCGAACUUCAGGGAUAUCCCCCUGACAUGAUCGCUUACUAUGGUGCUCGUGCAGAGCUCAUGAGUGCAUCCCUGGUCGCUUUAGUCAAUGAGGAAAAGACACAGGAGAAGAGCCUAGCGCUACACCGCUUAUUGCAGGAAGUGGUUCUAGCGAAAAUGGACGAGAUGCGAAUGACAACAGUCUUCGAAACGGCAUUACAAAUCCUACAUUCAGAGUGGCCGUUUCAGAGUCUGCUCCAUCGGCACACACGUGCUAGGUGGAGCCAGUGUGCCAUGCUGUACCCACAUGUGGCACACUUGAAAAAGGUUGCCUUCAGCAUUGAAUCUAUCAGACAAAAGUCUUUAAACAACAUUGCUUUCCCUGCACUACUGAAUGAUGCGGGCUGGUAUCUUUUCGAACGCGGCCUUUUGGAAGAAUCCCGCGAACUCUACACAGAAGUCCAAACAAUCUGUGAAUCGUCGGAGCAAAGGAACACACAAGCUGUCGCCGACUUGCUCCGAGAAUGCUACAAUAAUCAAGGCACAGUUGCGAACGAGAUCAACGAUCCAAAAGGUGCUCUACAUUAUUUCAAAUUAUGGGAAGGUAUGUUGCUUGAGCGCCAAGCUCAUGAUGGUCAAGCGGUCGAAGAUCUUGAGCUUGCGAUCAUGCAUCAGGAAGUAGCGAUUACAUUGGCGUUCAAUGAGGACUACGAGAACGCAAUUGAUCGAUUGUGGAAGAGCUGGAAAAUUAGGGAGAGAUUGACGGACUUUGAAGAGACUACCCUACUGUGGCCAGUCUCAAAUCUAGGAUUUAUCUACUGCGAAGUUGGCCGCUUGGAAGAAGGACAGAAGUUGCUGGAGAAAUAUUUGAAAGUACGAGCAGAUGUGUUCGGAGUAGAUGACACGCAAUUCUUCGUGUAA